AUGAGCAAUCUUACAUCAAAAUUGAUGAACGAUAUGGAGGUAAAUCUUCUUAUAUCCUUUGCUUCAGUGCAAGUCAUUGUUGGUUCAACGGCGAACUUUUUUGUGAUCAUUUUAUUCGUAACAAGACGCGAGUUACGCCGUAAAAAUUCAGAUUUACUAAUUCUACAUGUGGCCUUAGCUGAUUUUAUAUCGUUGACAACGUUUUUACCUUGGAAUAUUUAUCUUACAAAUUUGGGAAGAGGCGAAUACUCUGAGUAUUACACGUCUCUAAAUACGUUCUGUUUGUUUUUAAGUGGCACGGCAGUAUUGACCGUUGCUGUGGAUAAGUUUGUCGCAGUGGUCUAUCCGUUGAGAUAUGCAACGUUUAUAACUAGGUCGAAGACAUUGCUGAUGAUUACUGGAUCUUGGCUUGUGGCAAUAGCAUUGGUCAUCGCCCAUUUCUUCGAUUCCUUAUCUGCGCGUGAACACCAUCAUGUACUGGAUAAAUCCCUCAGCGCUCUUGUUUUAGUAAAGAUGCUUUUUGUUGUUUCUCUGUAUACAGUGGUUUUCAAAGCCGUCAAAAAUCAGUUAUCAGCACAUGCUGGGCGCAAUAUGAACAAUUCAAAUUCAUUACAGAUUACCUCAAAACGAGAAAAGGUGGAAAGUGUUUUUUUUAAAUCUGCGUUAAAUACAUUCAUUGUUGUCUGCUUAUUUUACGCCACGUAUUUACCCUAUGCUGUACUUCAGAUGAUGUCCAUUUCAGACUUCAUGACAUGGAGGAAAUUAUUUUCAUUUAUCUAUAUUAACGCAUGCAUUAAUCCUUUUGUCUACUUCUUCCGUAUGCGAAGAUUUAGAAUUGCACUACUCUAUAUUUUCAACAAAGGCAGACGACUUGAUAUGAACGCUAGACUUUUCUUAUCAACAAACAAAAUUUCCUCGACCGUUAACGGCUAG